AUGGCCCAGAAGAGGAAAUUUAAUGAUAAUAAAAAGACUAAUAAGGAUGAUACGUCUAAGAUAAAGUCCAAUCCAAAGUCGAAAUCAUCUCAACCAGUUUUAAAAAAGCCAAAGAAGUCGAUCAAGAUAUUAUCAAAGACGAUUAAUUAUUCUAUUUGUAUUCCAACCAGUAUCUUAGAUAAUUGCCACAAUUUAGAACAAAUCACUUCAACUUUGUAUCAAAUUGCUAAAACGGCUACUAUUUACAACGUAGGUGAAAUUGUAAUUUUACAAAUAUCGAAGAAAAGUGAUAAUAAUAAUAAUGAUUCCGGAACUUCUAAAAAUCAAAAAAAAUUAUCAGAUUCUGUUUUGAUUGCAUCGUUAUUACAAUAUUUUGUUACACCUCCAUAUUUAGUUAACACAGUUUUUAAAAAAGAUUAUCACAAAUAUUUCAAAUACGCAUCAAAAUUGCCUAGAUUAUCAGCAUUACCAUUUAUGAGAUAUUUGGAUGAGGACAAUGGUCGUUACAGAGAAGGUUUGACUAUUAGAAUGUCUAAACCAUCUAGUAACAACAAUUCUAAUAAGGGUAAAGAAUUCAAACAGACUAAAUAUGUCAACGUAGGAAAGCCAGAAGCAUUGGAAUUAAAAACUCAGUUAGUUCCUGUAAACGUCAGAGUUACUGUUGAUACUAUUGAGAAAAAAGUAGUGUCACCACAGGAGGCAUACGGUGAUUUUUAUGGAGCCCAAUUUUCUUACGGUUAUCAUGUAAGAAUAGCUCAAUCAUUUGGCAAUGUUUUCACAGAAUGUUCAUUUAAAAAUGGCUAUUCACAAGCAGUUUGGAUUAAUAGUGGUGAUUAUUAUUAUAAUGAAAAUUUAAAGAAAUAUAAUAAGAUAGAAAAUAAUUUAGGAAGAAUCGAAAAAAUAAUCAGAUCUGAACCUGGAAAUACAGACAAUAUGUCAAAUUUACUUCUAGUAUUUGGUAAAUGGGAUCAUGUAAAGAAAAGUUUCAAUGAUUCCAAAGACCAAUUCGAAGGUUGUGAAGGUGCUCAUCAAUUUUUUGAUGGUCAAUUAGAACUCCCGGGAACUGUUCCUCAUGGACGCAUUCAAAUUCAGGACUCAUGUAUGAUAUCGUUAACUUUAUUAUCUACUAUGUAA